AUGUUGUUUAAAACCCUUCAGAGUUAUACAUUUGUUCUCGUUGGUCCUAUGUCAAGUGGUAAAAGUUCAUUACUUAAUUGUCUUAUUGAACAAAAGAGUUGUUCUUAUUCUUCUUCAACAGUAACAAAUAGAUUAGAGGUUGUAAUGUUUGAGAAUGAAGAAGAGGCAAUUAAAUUGGAAAUAUUAGAUACUCCUGGAAUGAAAUUAUAUGAAUCAUUAUCACAUUUAUUCUUUUCAACUACUUCAUGUAUUCUUAUUGUUGUUGAUUUAUCAGAACGAAAAUAUGAAAAACAGAUUGAUGAAAUCUUUGCCUCAAUGCAAAAAAUACAAAAUUCUUGUUCUUCUUCUGGCUUAACUUUUUCUUCUUCUUCUGACUCUGAUUUUAAGUACGGAUUUCCUAUGGUAGUUGUUGGUACAAAAUCAGACUUGGUUUCACAAGAUGACUGCCAAUCUUUCAUUCAAAAAGUUAAAGAUAAUGGCUUUAUUAGUUUCACUUGUUCUACAAAUGAUAUAGAAUCAAUUAAUAAUGUAUUUAAUGAUUUACUCGAAACUGAUUUUGUUCAUCCUCAACAAGUAAAAAAAAUUCCUUUAAAACAAAAGAAAAAAUCUUGGAAAAAAGUUAAGACUCAAUGCGUUGUGUUAUAA